UCCUCCCGUCUGGUUGUUUACAAUCUCUCUGGUUAAACAUGGCCGCAGACAAACUCACUCAUGGCAGCUAGCCCUCGAUAACUCUCGAAAAUCUUUAAUUUACAAGUCUUAAGUUGCCAAAACAAAGCUAGUACGCAGUUAGAAACUUCACCGUCUCUCUCACCUCGCUGUUUGUCGUGUUGUAUCGUCUUCCUGUGCCUCGUUAGCCGCUGAAGCUAAGCAGCGAGCUAACAUCCUCCUAUAGAGGAACAAUGACAGCGACUUCUGCUGCAGCCGGCAGCAGCAGCAUCAGCAGCUGUCUCACUGCGAAAGGACUGGACAUCAGUCUGGCUGCCCUGCAGAGACAAGACCCCUACAUCAAUGACAUCGUGGACGUGGCCAGCCAGGUUGCUCUGUAUACUUAUAACAACAGGGCCAAUGAGUGGGAGAAGACAGAGGUGGAAGGAACCCUUUUUAUCUACACAAGACUGGCAUCUCCCAGGCAUGGUUUCACCAUUAUGAACAGACUCAGUAUGGAGAACUUGACAGAGCCAAUCACCAAAGACCUGGACUUCCAGCUCCAGCACCCCUUCCUGCUUUACCGCAAUGUGCGAUUGGUUAUCCAUGGGAUUUGGUUCUACGAUAAGGAGGACUGUCAACGCAUUGCUCAGAGGAUGAAGAUUCUUACCCAGCAGGAGCAGACCCUUGCUCAGUCUCAGGGUGGAUGGUUGUCCCCAGGAGGAAGAGGAGGAGUCGUUGGAGGAGGAGGAGGAGCAGGAGUUGGAGGAUUACUUGCAGGAGUACUUGGAGGAGUUGUUGGAGGAGGAGGAGGAGGAGGAGGAGGUGAAGCGAAGGGAGUGGACAUCAUCAAGAUGUUGACCAAAGCACGCACAGAGUAUGACAAGUCUACGUCAGAGCCAAAGGAGAUUGGUGGCAGCAGUGCUCUUUAUGCGAACCCCAACCUGAUCAAACCAAUACCUGUUAAACCGAACACUCAGGAAAGUGAAAGUGCUGAACCCAAGCCUCUCUCCCUGGCCACUCUUUUUGGCUCUCAACCUCAGCAUCACCACUCACCCAAACCCAACCCAGUCUCUCCCAUGGCCGCCCCUGUAAAGGGACCCUCACCGGGGCGAGUCACUCGCCCACCUGUAGCCCGUUCGCUGAAAUACGAGGACGCAGUGAACUCUGGCAGGAGUGCGCCCUCCAAGGGAGGGAAUGUCGCCAUGGUAGCGUGUUCAGAUGGAGCGCUCAGGGCUGUGAUCGGAGGACAAACGGUCCCAAAUGUUGUGGGCUUGCUGCCGAGUCCCACUAGCGCCCAUCAUCAACAGCAGCAGCAGCAGCAGCAGAACCAGCCUCAGCACUGCCCGGCCAUCCAGAAACUCAUGCAGGGACAGCGGGGAGUCGGGGUGGUCGGAGGGGUGCUACAGACCGUGUCCGAGUCCCCCGAGAACAGGCUGUGUGACAACGGGGUGCCGCUGGAGCAUCACCACCUCCAUCACCACCUGUACCACCAUCAUCAGCAGCAGCAGCACCACCUUCAUCAUCAUCAGCAGCAGCUUCAUCAUCAUCAGCAGCAGCAACAGCAACAGCUUCAAGCUGACCCGAUCAAGAGACUUUUCCAAACCCAGCCACCUCCUCCCUCCUCCAACCCUCUGCCUCUGCAGCAGAACCCCCAUCUCCCAUCGCAGCUCGUAAUGGUGGAUUCCGUGUCGUGUUCCCACCUUCAAGCGCAACAACAAAGCCAGCAGCUGUUCUUCAGCCUACCUAAACCUCAACCAGAGGCACAGCACAACAACCAGUCAGCUCCAACUGCACAGGGAACAGGUUUGCUGCCAUCUCAGGUGACCAAUGACCAAGUCCUUCAACCUUUACAAGGUCUGUCUUCCCAGAUGCCUGGUGUGGUGUCGCCUCAUGAGCUCCUGGAAAAGCUCCAGCUUGUCCAGCAGGAGCAAAGCCUGACUUCCCAUGAUCCCCCUCGACUCACUCCAGGACUGGCCCCACGAUUCUUGGGGCCCGCUCAAGGUCAAGGUGCGGGACCAGUCCCAAACCAGACCACAGCCACAGCAGGUCAAAAGGCUGCUCUGCAGUUUCAGGUCAUCUCCCCCCAGCGGAUACCAGCCACUGUGGCCCCCAACCUGCUCCUCUCUCCCAGCGUGUUCACUCAGGCAAAGCCUAGUGGCGGGUUGCCAGCGGUUACCCAGGAGAGCUCGACCCUGUCCAGACCCCCGCUGCAAAACGAGAUCAGAGGCCUGUCCAGAAGCCAGCUUCAAGCCACACUGCUGCAUCUGAUCCAGACUGACAGCUCAUUCCUGGACACCAUCUACGAAGCCUACAUCAGCCGCUUUGCUAACGACUCCAGCAGCAAGUACUGAUGACUCUUCACACCCUUCUUGUCUAUACAUACACCCUGUCCAGAGCAGCGUGGGCUCAUUCUUCAACACCUAAUAUGGACGCACCACUUCCUCCUCCGAAUCCAAUCACGCACACACACACACACACACACACACACACACACACACACACACACUCUCACUGUAUCUCCUCUGCACUGUGUAACCAGUCAAUAUGACUCUCUUUACUUCAAGCCAAGUCUCUCUAAUCGCAACAACAAAAAAAAGCAGUUAUCCAAAAUUAUGAAUAUUUGUUUCCAUAUCAGGAAACGACUUCUCUCAAUCUGAGGACCACAAAUUUUUGACACAAAUGUGGCAUAACCAUACAGUCUUUAUCACCUGUAGUUAAGGGGAAAUGUAGCCUAUACUCUACCUACAACCUCUCUGUUUUCCCAAGUUUUAAUUUAGCAGUUCCCUGCAGUACUUUUUUUUUUUUUACCCAAAUGUAGCAGAAUUUUAUUUUAGUUUUAUUUGUUUUGUUCUAAUGUGUGUAGUCUUUACUCCGUCACAGUCGUCCAACACCAGCCAGCCUUCUGCGCUUUAAUAAACAAGUCUUCCUAGUCUAGUGCUGAAGGAUAUGCUCUGACUCCACUUAGGAGAUGAAAUAAAAAAACAUGUUAAACAUGUUUUGUUUUCUGUACAUUUGGAAAAGUAUAUUUAGAUGUUAUCAGAGUUUGUUGGAUUUAAAUUUACAAUUGUUUUAAAAUUAAGCUCAUACUAGUUUGUUUAAGCGAGUAUAUUUUACUAUCCAAAUUCUUUUAAAGUUAUUAAAAUGAUACCUUGUCAUUCUGAUUUUUUUUUCUAUUUUAGUUACAGUAAUAUUAUUAUUAUUAUGAUGAUGAUGAAGAAUUCAAAAUGACAUGGUAUCCAUCUAACUUGAAGUAGCAAGGACAGCACAGGAGCUUGUUAACCUGGGCUACCUCACAGAGAGCUAUACUUCGGAGGUGUACCUGUGUUUUUUACGUAGCGACAGAUUGUCAAUUUUAAAGAUUAGAUAAUCCAGUCAGGGUUUUUUAUUUCAGAAAACUCAUCUUUUAACACACUGAAAUAUCACUGGAGUUGAUUUCGCAUUCAUUUCCACAGUUCCUGAACAUUUUGUCUGCCAAACAAAACAAUUUACAGACAUUCCCCUCAGGAAUAAAACUCACUUUUUAUCGAUCAAACACUUUGUUAUUCCAGUUAAAUAAAUGAUUGGUUAAAUGGAGAUUUAAAGCAAUAAAAACAGCAAAAAAGUAUAUAAAUACAUCCGAUAAAAACUGUUUGGAGCUCACGGGCCUGUUCAAAGCAAGUAUAGUCGAAAAACAUGACAGAAAAUGCAUUUCCAAAAUACUGUUUCGCUACACGCACCGCAUGAAGUGUCACUCAGUUCCUCACAGAGAAGUCACAGUCAAUAAAAAUGUUUAGUUCGAUCAGGGUAAGGGGUUUACAGUUUGUGUUUAACUCACAUAUAGGAAGAUUAUACAGUAGCAACCAGAGAGUACACAAAACAGCAGCGACAAAAUAAAAAGAGAAAAUACAUUUCAGAAAAAAAUAAAAUAUUUUUCACCUAUUUUUGUACUCAAGCAAAAUAUAUUGUUCUCAUAGUAAAAAGAACCAGCAUGUUACAUUACAAUUAAAUGCACAGCUAACUGUAAAACUUAAUUCUUAUACAACAUAUCUGCAGUUAUUUGUCAAAUGCCGUUUUGUUCUUUUAAUAUCAUCCAUAAUCUUUUUUUUAAACAUUGUCAUUUAAAAUAAUACAUUGGAACGUCAAUGGAAACAUUUUUACACACUUUUUAUUUCCUUUUUUUCGGGAAUGUUUUGCUCUUACAUAAACUGGAAUAUAUUUUAAUUGGAUAUUAAAUGUUCUCAAACUG